AUGAGUACCGAAGAAGCUCCAAAAACAUCAGAAAAGUCUCAUGAUAAUCUAAAGGAAGAGAAAAAUUUGGACAAUGAGCCAGCGGAAGCUGUUAUCCGGCCAGCAGCAGAAGGUGUUAUUAGUCCAGCAGAACAAAAUGAAAACCAACUGAGCAAUGGUGAACCAGCUCCAGAAAAGCUAUCUUCUACCCCUCCAUCCUCAUCCGCUGUAGAGAACUCGACACCAGCAACGACGCAGGAAGCAGCAGAAAAAAUUGCAGCAGCCCAUCCUCCAACUAUAGUCUGCGAAGACCCAGCACCGGGCUCGGUUCCCAGCACAUCGAAGUCGAGCAAAUCACCGGCGGUCAAAGAUCGAUCUCCGACUCCUACACCAACCCCAGUACCGCCGGCCCGAACGAAGAAAAGGAAAUGUAUUCAAAUUAGGACGUGA